UGGUCGAGUUUUUCCUCUUCCUCCUCAGGCAGCAUGUACUUGGUGAGGCCUGACGUGCUGGCCGACCUGCCGGUGAUGUCCAGCCCGUCCUCUGGUGCCCGCUCCACCUCCCUGCGCACCUUCCACACAGCCUGGUGCACCUCCUCCAGGGACAGCUCCUGCCUCAGGGACAAGCUGCAGUUCACAACAAACAUGCUAGUAAAAGUAGAAUCGUCCUGGUCAUGGGAAACAUCGAAAAUGGCGGACGACAGUUUCUACCUGGAGCUGUCGCGCUCUCCCAUCCGUUUUGACCCUGUUUCCAACGUCAACAACGUCUUCUUCGAUGAGAACAACAGGCAAGUCUUCGCUGUGCGCUCUGGAGGAGCCACAGGUGUCGUGGUCAAGGGACCAGACGCCAAAACCUCCAUAAACUUCCGAAUGGAAGACAAGGGAAGUGUCAUAUCCAUCAAGUUCUCCUAUGACUUGAAGAUCCUGGCCAUUCAGCGGUGCUACAAAACCGUGGAGUUCAUGAACUUUGGGCAGGCAGUAGACCCGGUAGAGUACUCGCAGAGUUGUAAAGGGAAGACGACUAAGAUCAUAGGGUUCAACUGGGUGGCCAUAAACGAAGUUGUGUUUAUAACAGACCACGGGUUGGAGUACUAUCAGGUGAUUCCUGAGAAGAAGACACUGAAGUCCAUGAAGACGUACAACGUGAGUGUGAACUGGUUUGUGUACCUGCCGGAGAGCGCCCUGCUGUUGUUGUCCUCCUCCACGCUAGGGAACGUGCUGCAUCCCUACCUCUUCAGGGCGGGGCAGGUAUUCAAGUUACCGAAGUUUGAGGUGGAUCUACCAGUUGUACCCAAACCUCCCAAGCUAUGCUUACUUGAAAGGGAUGUCACCAUGGCCCAGAUAUAUGGACAGGUGUACAUCAUUGUCCUGCGCCACCAGCCCCGCGGGCCGGGCCACGCCAGUGCUGAGGUGGUUCUGUACCAGCUGCAGAAGGAGAGCCCUGCCAAGAAGACCAAUGUGCUGAGGCUGGACAUGAGUGGACGCUUUGCGGUCAACAUUGUGGAUAACCUGAUUGUGGUUCAUCAUCAGGCUUCCAAGACAUCCAUGAUCUUUGACAUCAAAUUACAAAGUGAAACAGAGUCAGAUGGCUAUGUGACUUACCACCACCCUGUCCUGUCACCACUGCCAAUCAAACCUUUCAAACUCAGGGUCACAGGGGUACCUACUGUUGCUGGUCCGGAGGUGAAGGAGAUCAACUGUGAGCUGUACUCCCCCAACUGGAUAGUGUUCCAGCCCAGCAUCAUAAUUGAUGCCAAGCUGGGGUGUCUGUGGACUGUGUGCCUUAAACUGGAGCCUCUCGUCACCAUGAUUCCUGACAAGUGUCGUCUCAUGGACUUCCUACUGCUGCGCAGGGAUUGUAAGAUGGUGAUCCUGUCAGUCUGUAAGCAGAUGCUGACUCCCGGCAGACAGUGUAACCUGCCAACAAUUGCCAGUAUAUUUGACAAGCUCAACAGGGUGUACAGAUCAUACUUGGAGGAGGAGACAGCCUAUGCCCAGGCUGUGGAGAUUGCCCAGGCCAGGGGAACAGGGACACCCAAACGCCCACAGAGGUCCCAGGCUGUGAUCGACCAGUCAGACAUGUACACACAUGUGCUGUCUAUCUUUGUGGAUAACAAGGAGAUCAAAUACAAGUUCAUGGUUGCAGUGCUGGUUGAGUAUAUCCGUUCCCUGAGCCAGUUCCAGAUUCCAGUCCAACAUUACCUGUACGAGCUGGUCAUCAACACUUUGGUGCAGAACAACUGCUUCUACCAGCUGCAUCAGUUCCUACAGUACCACGUGCUGAGUGACUCCAAGCCCAUUGCCUGCCUGAUGUUGUCACUGGAGAGUGUGUAUCCUCCUGCUCACCAGCUGGCUCUGGACAUGCUCAAACGGCUCUCCACAGCCAAUGAGGAGAUCAUUGAGGUCUUGUUGUCCAAGCACCAACUCCUGACAGCCCUGCGGUUCAUCC